CUCAUCUCUGGCAGUCUCGUCAGAUUGUCUCAAUGGCUAAACACAAGCUUUUCCUUCUUUUCUUUCUGUUGUGUGUGUUUAUCUCUCUGUCUUUGCCCUUCGAUCAAGUGCACGCGAUCCUGGACAGAAGCUCGGAGGUCCCCCCAUACCAAGCUGUGAGAAUUAAAACAGAUGGAGAACAUGUUGAGAGUCCAAGUGCCUCACAUGAGGAGAGUUACUCGCCUGCAGCUGAAAAUCCACUCAGAAGAAUACUGCAGCCUUACGGGUGGCAUCUGCAUGCCCAACCCAGAACCAAGCGGAAGCUACUACAGUCUACCAGCUCGGGACCCUACUCCCCACUGACUGUGGCUUACAAUGGCAAGAUAUGCAUCCUUUUCAAAGCUAAGAGACUGGCUAUUCGAUACAGGAACAACACUUUUCUGGACCUCACAGAGAGGGUGUUUGGAACCAAUGCACUAGUGGACACCAAAGGCUCUGUUUGUACCAAGGAGAAGGCCAUGCUCUCUUUGCAUUUGGGCGAUGUGGAAGACAUCAGGAGUCUUGUCAUCAGGCUUCAGAUGUCCAACACAUUCUACGAAUCAGUUGCCCAAAACUGGUUUACCUUGGACAGUGUUCACAUCCACUACAACUGGACUCAUGAGGCCACGUUCAAUGCCACGGAGGUCUAUGCUCCUGCUACCUAUUCUUACCACUGCCAGCAUGUCAGCAGCUUACAGAAAUAUGACACCCUACUGGUGCCCAGCUCCCACACUGACAGCUCUGCAAACUGGCACAUCACUUUCACAGAUUUUCAGAUCCAGGCCUUCAAUGUCCAGUCCAACAAAUUUGCUUCAGCUAGCGACUGUGCAACCUUCUUCACUCCAGCUAUCUUGAUGGGCCUCAUCACCUCUCUGAUCCUGCUGCUGGUGUUGGCCUAUGCCCUGCACAUGGUUGUCCACCUCAAGCACAUUGACCGUUAUGAAGAGCACAAGACUACUGUCUACUUCCCCCGCACCCCUGAGGCCGAGCUCCCAGACAAGAACAGUGUAUAAGGAGUGGUGCCAGUCAUGCAAAAGACCAGUGUGGACUUAGGACGAAAGGAUUACUAUUUCUGAUUCUGGAUGGCUGCAUUGUCCUCUUGGUCUUCCUCCUGCCUGGUAUGAAAUCUUGAACAACCAAACUCCUUUCAUUGCAGAAGAUGCGAUUACCUUGAUGAAUCCAAAUGAAACCCAGGCCGGAGCCAAAACCUGGACAUAAAACGGCUCUCCAGGACCAGGACUGGGAAGCCUAUGUUUAAUGAGAUUGCCUUUUAAUAAACCACCAUUCUGGCGGGUUUUGCAAAGCACUUCACUGACUGAAUACAAGUACUGAGGUCAGAAUUGACUGGGUGAUGACAGAAGACAAAGGACAAGCUGUGAAAUGACAGUGAUAUGGUCUGUUAUGGAAGUCUUCUUUUUUUACACUUCUCCAAAAAUCACCAUAUCAUUCAUCUGGUGUCUGUAGACUAUGGGGGUUGCUGAUCUGCCAAUUACUAGAACUGCUUUAUGACUGCCAAAGUGGUGCAAAAAUGUUUGUCAGCCUUGAUGCAGAACUGACAGAAUGUGAAUAUGAAAAGUACUAAACAAAUUGUAAAUGAACAGUGCUUAAUAUUCUGCUGUAUUGAAUUUAAGUUUUGCAGUACUAUACAAAGUAGAUUCAGGAACCCCAUCAAUAUAAUCACUGACUUUAAAUUAUCAGCUAGAUAUUAAUAUAAAUCUUGAUCCAUAACUGCUAUUUUAGUAACUAACAAACUUCCCGUAUUAAGCACCUUCAAAAUCACUAAAUAGUAAAAAGUGCAUAAAACAUGUAGCUGAUCUUUUUUAAGCUUCAGGAGUAUCUGAUG